GGUAGUACUAAAAAGGUAAAGAAAAGGAACAAUGAAGAGAAUAUAAAGACUAGUCUCAAGUGGAAGUUAUGAUAACACAAACUGACUCAUAAAACUUGUAACCCAGAAAUUCAUCAACAGAGAAAUGAUGGGGGGAUGGCGAGCGGCUAUGGGGCUGAUCAUCAUCGCACCGCUGCUGCUGCUGCUACGACGACUGUCGAAAUUAAACGAAAAGAAGACGAAAUACAAAAACAUGGAAGAUAUCAAGAGUAGGGUUCCUGAUGGAUGUUCAGGUUGGCCUUUCAUCGGCGAAACUCUUGAAUUCAUCGCUUCUUCUUACACCUCCAAGCCUGUUUCUUUCAUGCUCAAACGCAAAUCCUUGUACGGAAAGGUUUUCAGAACACAUCUAUUAGGGAAACCGGUAAUAGUGUCGACUGAUCCAGAAAUAAACAAGGUGGUGUUACAAAACCAUGGUAACAUAUUCAUUCCAUCUUAUCCAAAAUCCAUCACCGAGCUAUUUGGUGAAUCCUCUAUAUUGAGAAUGAAUGGAGCUCUCCAUAAGAGAGUACACGCGUCGAUCGGAAGAUUUUUGAAGUCCCCGGAAUUGAAAGCCCAAAUUACAAGAGACAUUGAGAAUUCUGUUAAGAUGUCCUUGGAGAAAUGGAAGGAUAGUAACCUUGUUUACAUCCAAGAUCAAACUAAUCAGCUUACAUUUGAGAUAUUGGUGAAAGUACUAAUGAGCCUGGGUCCUGGUGAAGAAAUGGAAUUGUUCAAGAAAGAGUAUAAAGAAUUCAUCAAAGGCUUGAUUUGUUUGCCAAUCAAGCUCCCUGGCACACAACUUUACAAAUCUUUAAAGGCCAAAGAGAGGUUGCAAAAGAUGAUAAGAAAGAUAAUUACAGAGAGGUUAAGCAAUAAAACUCAUGACACCAACAACUUAAGUGCAACCAUCUAUGGGAGUGACGCUAUUGACGUAUUGUUACGUGAUAUCGAUGACCGAAGUGAAGCUGAUCAAUGUCAACCAUUGGACUUUAUCGCCGGAAAUAUAAUCGAGAUGAUGGUUCCGGGAGAGGACUCGGUGCCAAUGGUGAUGACCCUAGCCGUCAAAUACCUCAGUGACAACCCCGUUGCUUUGAAACACCUUGUGGAUGAGAACAUGGAAUUGAUGAGCCGGAAGGCUAAUUCAGGGAACUCCUAUGCAUGGACUGACUACAUGUCUUUGACGUUCACCCAAAAUGUAAUUAGUGAAACACUAAGAAUGGCAAAUAUCAUAAAUGCAAUUUGGAGACAAGCCACUGAAGAUGUAGAAAUUAAAGGUUAUUUGAUACCAAAAGGGUGGUGUGUACUAGCAUCCUUAACAUCAAUUCAUAUGGAUGAACAAAAUUAUGAAAAUCCAUAUGAUUUUGAUCCUUGGAGAUGGGAGAAGAAAGGAAUUGUUGCAAGUAGCAAUACUUUCUCUCCCUUUGGUGGUGGCCAGAGACUAUGCCCUGGUCUUGAAUUUUCAAGGCUUGAAAUCUCAAUAUUUCUUCAUCAUCUUGUUACUACUUAUAGAUGGGUAGCAGAGAAAGAUGAAAUAGUAUACUUUCCAACAGUGAAGAUGAAGCAAAAACUUCCCAUCUCUGUUACAAAUCAUGCAUGGAUUUGAUGAUAAAAGUUAGAAUCCCCUUUGAUGAUUUAAUUUAUCUAAUGGAGUCAAUGAUUACAAGUAGAUGCAUGAGCCCACCAAAGCUAGCUAGCCAAAAGGACGUCAGCGAGAUUAUAUAUAGAGUUAUAGAUAUCCUGAUUUUGAAUUGGGCCCUUUUACAAACCACAAUGUCUUUUUUUUUUUUUUAAUUACUUCAUGUGGGGAUGGUGUAAACUCUAUGAAGUGUAAAGUGUGAACUCUCUCGAAUUAACAUCCAUUAUCAAAAUUCAACACAUCAAACCUA